UGUCGAUUCCACUUUACAUAGCCUGCAAUAACCGGUCAGGCUGUCUCAGCGGAUCACCAUUGCUACCUCUUCUAAGCAGUAACUAUUCCUUCUCAGAUCAUGGCCUUCUUGGCUUUUCUAGUGCUCUUCUUGGCCAUGACUGGCCAUUCAAGUGCUACCUGGUGUGUUUGCAAGGAUGGGUUGGGUGACGCAGCCCUACAGAAGUCAUUGGACUAUGCCUGUGGAGCUGGUGCUGACUGUAACCCUAUCCAUGUAAAUGGAGCCUGUUACCAACCUAACUCUGUUAGGUCUCAUUGCAGCUAUGCUGUUAACAGCUACUUCCAAAAAAAGGGUCAAGCUCAAGGCUCCUGUGAUUUUGCUGGCACCGCCUCCAUUUCUACUUCUGACCCUAGCAGUACUGGUUGCGCUUACCCUUCCAGCGCGAGUGCUGCAAGCACCAGUACAACCCCGACGACAACAACUCCAUCAUCCACCACCACACCCACAACUACAACCGCCACGCCCACAACCACCAGUCCAUACACUACAACGCCUUCCACUGGAGUGCUGGGAGGGAUUGGCACUGGUGUAGGGCCGUCAGGAGCUGGCAUUAAUACAGAUGAAAGUCAUGGUGGGCUUAGACCCUUAGACACUACUUUCUUCUCUUUCUCUAUGACCCUCUUUUUCACAGGCUUCAUGGUUUGGUGGGGUUGAAGAGAGAGGAACCGUGAUGGUUGUGGGGCAGGGUGGUCAGAGAUGAUGCUGGAUUUCAGUGUCCAGAGGUGGGUAUGCAUGUGAUUCUACUGUUGUUAUGUAGCUGUUCAUCUAAAGACAAUCUUGCUAGGUUCUGUUUUUUUCUCCUUCCUGGGGGCAAAAGGUGGGCUUUUGAUUCCUUUGGUGGUAUUAUCGUGUUGCUAGUGGGACAAUGGGACUCUCUGUCUGUACAUCUAGAGGGUUGGUGAUUUAUUAAUUUGAUGAGAAUUGGGCAACCCAUGUUCCUAUUUAGUACUGGAUAACUCUGUAAAAUAUCACUAUGGAGUGUUCAUUUCAGUUUUA